UAGGCUCGCGGUAUUUUAUUUUUUUGGCAUCAGCUUAUGGAUUUCCUUCCAAAUUAGCGUGCAUUUUUGAGCAUGAGUUUUAUACAUCGAUACUAUCUGCCCAUAAAUAAUCUAAGUGAUCGUGAAAAAAUGUGUAAUUGAUAAUUAAAAUGUGGGGUGAACCUACCGCGCGUUUCCGUAGAAACUAAGAUGCGGCCUGUAAAUGCUUGCAUCUAUUGAUAAAACUUCAUCGUUAUUUUUGGAUUUAUACAGAUCUCACGCUGUAUUUAAAUUGUUUCCUAAUUGAAAAUGUUGAACGUAAUCGAUCUCGACGAUGAGUACAACAAACAUAAAAUCAGUACCUGCAAAAAAGGUACUUGCCUGGUGCCGAAACCCAAAUUUACCUACGACGAUUGGCGUUACAACAAUGCUGCCAGAUUAUACUGCUGCGACGCGCAACAAAAAUUGGCCAAAGAAGUUAUUGCCAAGUUGGACACUGUUUGCAAGCUUAGUACGGAGUCUGUCAAGAGUAACAGAGAUGAAACUAAUCAUUGCCUCGACGACCGCAUCAAAGAAAUAGAAAAUUGCAAACAAGAAUUAUUGCUAAUUCGAAGAGAGUUGCAAUUAGAAAUUGAUGCGCUCCAAGCGUACAAAACUCGUUUGGUCGAUUCUUUGAAGUCACUAAAAAGUAAUGCUCUGGAAACUUGUAAUAAGUGUCUAGUAGCUAGAGAACAUCGAAUAGGAAUUGAUUUGGUGAGCGAUAGUGUAGAAAAGGAACUAAGAGAGGAAUGCGAAGGUAUUCGAAGGGCUGAAAGUUUAAUUAGUGAAACUCUGGAAAAAAUGGACGAACAACUUCGCCGUUUGAAAGCAACUCAGUACUUUAUUGAUCGCGACCUCGAAGAUAAAGAAAAUAAUUUACGCAUUGAUCGAUUCAAUACCACUCUCAAAGAAACUAGUUUGAAUCUGAGCAUUUAUCACGGAAGUUCUGCUUUGAGCGCCUCGAGUAUCAGCAUCGAAGAAUGGGAAUUACAAACGAAAGAAAACAUUGAUUCUUCUGCAAAAGAAAUGCUAAAUGCCAAGAAAUUUCGCUCUCAAAUCGAACUCAUUCUCAAGCAAAUCAUGGAUGAUUUGAAAAAGAAAAAAAUUGCCACUGAUAAUGCUUUUCGACAAAGAAUCGAUGAAACGAAAGCCAUCAAAGAAAAAUUGGAACUCGAGCAUUCGGAGAUAAUGAGACAGGCGGACGAAAUGACUCGAAAUAUCACACGAUUAGAAAAACUAAUUGCUGAAAAAGAAGGAUAUAUUGCAUUAGCACAUACACGCUUAGGAAAUCGCUGUCAGAGACCUGGCUUAGAACUAACGCGCGAUAAUGUAGAAAAAAGCUUAAUCAAUGAGGUUUCCAACUUGAGGCAAAUGGUUGCCCAACUUCAACAAACACUAUUUGAAGCUCAGGCAUCUCUUCGUUUUCUGUUAAAAAUGCAAAUGCAACUUGAAGAAGACAUAAAUAUAAAAACAAAUUCUAUUAAAAUUGAUGAAGUUCAUUGUAUGACUAUGCGCCAAAGCAUUGAUUAUCGAAUACUUUAACAUAUCACUUGGAAUCACAAAUAAAAUUAACUUGUAAACAUA